GCUUCCGUCCACGCUGCUGUCAUGUCAGCCCCCUUGAUGUCUCUACACAGAUGCUGCCAGCGGUCAGCUCGCCUCCUUGUUGCUAGGCGACAGCUGGGCUCCAGCUCAGCAUCUCCCUCUUCUCUUCCUUCAAGGCUCCUGCAGUUCCUCAGUCGGCGUUUCUAUGAUGUAGAAAUGCUUCUCAAAUGGGGGUCUCAGCUGAGCCGAAAACAGCUCCGGAAGAAGAAUCUUUACUAUGGCUACACCGAGAGCUUUUACGGUCCAAAUGUAGCAUGUGCACAUUAUAUCUUGAGUCUGGGGGGAGGAUUUCGGUAUGCUGGCCAGUCACAGUGGUUCCGUGCAGACCAGAGGGGGAGGUUCUCAUGGGAUUUCUUGAAUCACAAAGAUUCACCUCUAGAGGAAGUAGACAUGAGCCACACAGUCAUCAAUUACACAGGAGUGCUUAAUUUGGCGGAACAACAGUCGUUGCGAACUCUGAAAUUACAAGGGUGUCCUGAGGUGGAUGACUGGUUCUUGGCAAGGCUCCAUGUGUUCCAGGAGUCACUGGAGGAGCUGGACAUCUCUGACUGUCCACGCAUCACCACAGGGGGCCUACCUACUCUCAGGAAUCUCAAGAGACUUAAGCGUCUGAACGUGUCUUCCCUUCCUGGGAUUUCGAGUCCCGGAUUGGUGAUCAUCUUGCUGGAGGAGCUGUUACCACAGUGUCACAUCACAGCUGAUGGCUAUGACCUCAACCUGAAAGAGGCAGGAGAAGAGGCCAUGGAUGGCCCAAGGUAGUCCAAGAACAGCACCAGCGCAGACAGAAAAAAAGUCUUCUGGGAGAGCUCUGUUUUCAGUUCAUGUUUUUUUUCCUCAACUUUUGAGUUUUGCACAUGUACCUUUUGUAUGAAUGGCUAUAUUACUAUGAGAGAAGACAACAUCAUCUUAAAAAGAAAACAAAAGAGAGAAAAAAUAUGCUAACUCAAUUAUGUUGUAUUACUUGGUACUAAAUUUAGAUAUAUGUUAUCACAGUCUGUGUUUAAAAUGAUUUGCUUCACCCCUGAGGGUUUGUGUGUUGGUUGUAUGCAUUUGUAAUGUAAACUGAACAGUAGCAAUUUCUUGUCCCUUCUCAAUUAGCUUGUACAUUUUGCAAAUACUUUAUUUGUCGCUGAGUGAAAACAUGAUUGUAAAUUUGCUUAAUAAAGAUUGUAUUAU